GACCGGGCGUCCUUAGGUUCUCCUCACGUGCAACAUCCGGGUCCGCCGCGCGAGCGCGUCUGGUGAGGAAAGACCAUCUGGGCGUGUUUACCGAUUCAUCUGCAGCAGGGUUUCUAAACACACCCGGCGGUUCAAUGCCGAACACGUCUGAAGGUCCCGGAGCGAACCUCACGCGGCCCGCCGACGGGGAGCAGGACCGAGGCCUCCUGCCGUGGACCUGCCCGGUGACCCACUCCAGGGAGAAGUUCUACACUGUCUGCUCCGACUACGCGCUCCUCAACCAGGCCGCCUCCGUGGACCGGCCCCCCAACCAGCAGGACCAGGGGCCCCGGCCCAAGGCCUCGGUGGACCGGUCUGCGGGGGCCCACGUGGACUCGGACGGGGACUGUGACAUGGAGGAGGUCUCCUCGACUCACACUAAAUCCAUUCUGGCCUGGGAGAUCGACACCUCGGACUUCAACGGGCUCACCAGAAAGAUCCGAACAAGUAACGUGAAGAAAAGCAGCAGCAAGAAGAUGAAGUCUUCAGGCAGAACCAGCAGAACCCUGCAGGACGCCUCGCUGGAGGAGGUCCAACAGAGAAAGGUUCUGGACCUCAGGAGAUGGUACUGCAUCAGUCGGCCACAGUACAAGACGUCGUGUGGGAUCUCGUCUCUAGUGUCCUGCUGGAACUUCCUGUACAGCACUCUGGGGGCAGGAAGUCUGCCCCCCAUCUCUCAGGAGGAGGCGCUGCACAUUCUGGGCUUCCAGCCGCCUUUCGAGGAGAUCAAGUUCGGCCCCUUCACGGGCAACGCCACCCUGAUGCGCUGGUUCCGGCAAAUCAACGACAACUUCCGCGUGCGAGGCUGCUCCUACAUCCUGUACAAACCUCACGGGAAGCACAAGACGGCCGGAGAGACAGCUGAAGGAGCGCUGGCGAAACUGACCCAGGGUCUGAAGGACGAGUCCAUGGCCUACAUCUACCACUGCCAGAACCACUACUUCUGCCCCGUGGGCUUCGAGGCCACGCCCCUCAGAGCUGCCAAAGCCUACAGGGGCCCGCUGCCCUCCAGCGAGGCGGAGCACUGGAUCCUGAUCGGGGAGCCCAGCAGGAAGCACCCGGCCAUCCACUGCAAGAAGUGGAUGGACGUCGUGACCGACCUCAACACGCAGAACCCCGAGUACCUGGACAUCCGUCACACGGAGAGGGGGGUGCAGCGGCGGCAGACCAAGAAGCUGGGGGGAAACCUGCACUGCAUCAUGGCCUUCCAGAGGGUGAACGGCCCCUGGGCUCAGAACCUGGAGAACCUGCACCACGACUUCCACCAGCAGCACCAGCAGGGCCAGGAGAGCGCCGCCCAGGACGCCCAGGAGGGGGCGCCGUCCAAGCGGCCGGGCGUCCUGGGAUGCUCCCUCAGCACGGCGAGACCGAGCCACCCCCCCGACAGCCACCUGGAGGAGGACUGAGGGCGAGCCGCCCCCCGACAGCCACCUGGAGGAGGACUGAGGGCGAGCCGCCC